UUCCUUGUGUGAUCAUCGUAGCAUUUGGCAAUGGAGAUGGAAGCGGAGAGAGUGGGAAACCCCUUGAAGAGAAAGUUUGAGGCCUUGGAUUCUGCACCAUCUGAGGCUGAGCCUAUGGAUACAGACUCUGAGUCCAUCUCCAGAGAAUAUCAAGUGAAGGUGUAUGAGGUGGCAAUGAAGAGGAACACUAUAGCAAUGUUGGACAAUGGGGCUGGGAAAUCUAUGAUAUCCACUAUGAUGAUCAAGGAAAUUGGGAGAUCUUUGAAGAGCAAAGAUAGUCAGAGAAAGCUCAUUGCUUUCUUGGUUCCUACUGUUCAUCUUGUUCAUCAGCAGAUGGAUGCCGCUGUGAAGGAUGCAAGAAUGUCUUUUGGCCAAAAGGGAGUAUAUGGAAUGGCUAAGGUUUACUUGGCUGGAGAAGAUUCCCAAGAAACAACCGAUGACUUGUUUGUACAAAAAUGUGAGAUAGAUGCAUCCGGGAGUCAUACAUGCCAUACCGACUUUGUCAAUCCGAAUAAUUUGACUCCUCUCACACCAGCAUUCCAAUUCUCAAACCAUGGAACGGAUGGAUCAGUGGCGUGUUUCCCUUCUGGAAAGUACUUUCAUUCGCCCGAAUCUGGUUUAACGUAUGCAACACCAUACACAAUGUCCUCAGCGUCUCACAAUAUUUCAGCUAAUAAUGCUGCAAUUCCUGAAAGUUCGAAGGAAUCUCGUCAUGGUAAUGGCGACACAGUGGAUGAAUUCUCAGCAGCAUGUUCCAGGAGUUCCCUUGUCUGGCGCGGAUCACCAAUUACCCCGAUGGCUGAGUUUAGUGGGAACAAAGUUCUGCAAGAGGAUGAAUUUGAGUUUGGGUUAUCUAACACCGUGCAAGAUGAUACGCCAGAAAUACUGAAGGAUAGUCCAACGCCCCUCAACACUGUGAAAGCUAACUCACCAAAUAAGAAAAGAGUGUCUCCACCUCAUGACCAACCACCCGAGUACACUUCAAGUACAUCAGCAGACCUUCGAACUGCAAGCAAGUUCAUACUUAAAGCUGUUCCCUCAUUUCCACCUCUCACACCAUGCAUUGAUUCCAAAACCCUGGGCGUGCAGCAGGAUAGCUCUUCUGAAAAUUGUGGUGCCAACAAGUAGACGAAGCUGUUAUAUGGUAGCUGUCAUCCAUGGACAUUGUGAGCAAUCUCCAUUAAUUACGUCCCGCCAUCCAAUAAGCAGAUAUGCAUUCGACUCUCGGGAUGUAUACUUUUUGAAGAUCAAAUGGCCCAAACAUCCUGUUUGAGUCUUCAAGAAUGUCAUCAUCAUCAAGACUGUGAGGUCUCCAUAUCUUCUCCCAUCUCAAACUGCACCUCUUGCAUCAUCAAGACUGAGGUCUCUGCUGUCACGAGACGCGAAAUCUAGCUCACGACCAAUGACCAUGGUGCGCAAGGUCUAGCCAAAAAACCUGUUUGCAUAGUGGAUAGUAUGGUUCUCUACCUUUUGCUGCUUUCUAUUACCACAGGUAGAAAAUAUGAUAGGAAGUAAAUAUGGUGUUUGCCUUUGCUUUCAUGAAGAGGCUUUCAAUUUCUGAAGCCACAAAAUUUGAUUUUCCAAUUUAUUUCCCACUGCAAAGAUUUGCUCAUUUGCUUUAACUAGUAUCCAUCACCUGUGUUAUGUACGAGACAUAUGAUUUUUCACUUAUUGAAUACAAAUAUGAUAUAAGCAAUACAUAAUAUCAUUAUUUACGUUUUAAA